AUGGAUCGGCUUUCCUGGUACACGCCAGGGGAAAGCACAGAAGAACUUUUAUGUCAAGCUGGGCACGUCGGAAUCUAUGAAGGCGAUUUGAAGCAGGUCAUUUACCUUGUUGAAUUUUUUUUUACCAAUUAAUGGUUUUUAGACCCAAUUUGAACAAGGGACUGUUUCUUUGACACCUCAACGGAUUAUAUGGGCCGACUCUUCCGAUCCAGUAAUGAAAAAAGAGAAAAAAGCACCUUGUAUCCGUUUUCAGGACCGUCGUCUCAUUCUGCACCAUUCUUUAGUGCUUUCGAUGGAGAGGCACCACAAGUCAAUGUUCAGCCGUGGUGGAAAAAUAGUAUUGAAGCUAGGAAAACCAAAGCCGAAUAAUGUUGGACCCGUGAAUUCAAGUCAAUACGAUUUGAUGCGAUUUGUUUUCCGCACUGGAGGCGAGGAAGAUGUGAGCCAAGUUUUCACUUUGCGAAGUAUAAUACCCGGGUUCAGUUCUAUAAGAAAUACGACGAGGCUCUCCGGAGGAAGACGUGGCUUCGUUCAAGUUCCGGUUCAAGCUCAAGCGGGGUAUUCUUUUGAUAAACUAUUAGAAACAUAAUAAUGUAUUCUAAGGGUGGUUUAUCGGUUCAGUCUCGGGCUAGUGGUCAGUUGCGGUCUGUAGGAAUAGCUGGAAUAGAACGAAGAUUAGCGGAAAAUCAUCAAAAAACUCAUGAGACUAUUACUCAGGUUAGUUUUUUUUUUCAACUUUUUUUCAAAUGCAGUUUUAGGCUUUCGAGGAUAUGUCGAAGCUAAUGGAAACGGCCAGAGACAUGGUCAAUUUGUCGAAGAGUAUCUCUGAAAAAGUGAGGUCUCGAAAAGGAGAAAUAACUGAUGAUGAGGUAUGUUUGAAAAACCAUUUUUUUAAUUUUUCUUUUUUUCAAUGUUUUAGUUUUUAAAUGACGCUAAAAUUUUUCUAGCUAUCGCGUUUCUCAGUAGUGAAGCUCACCAUUUUGACUAUUAUCAAUUAUCUUAUGAGAAAGUUGUUCAGAUCUUCCAGUUAUAAAAGUUUUUAUUAAAGUUUUUCCAAGAAUAUUUUGUCACUUAAAUCGAUUUUUUUGUUCAUUUUCAUCUAUUUCUGUCUUUGUUCAGACGAUUGCAUUCAAGUCUUAUCUUCUUUCCCUCGGAGUUGCUGAUCCUGUAACGAAAUCUGCGUUUGUGGGAAGCGACACCCAAUAUUUCCAAGAACUUGCCAAAGAAAUUUCCAAAACGUUAACCGGCCCGAUCACAGUUUGUUUAAGUCCGUGAAAAGUCAGAAAAUUGUGCGAAUUCACAGGAAAACGGUGGUAUGAUGGCGUUGCCAGAAGUUUAUUGCCGGAUAAACCGAGCUAGAGGAAUGGUAUGAUUAUAUCGAAGUUUAUUGAGACGUUUUUAACAACUUAGGAAAUGUUAUCACCUGAAGACGUUCUCAACGCUUGCGAAGCCCUUUCACUCGUUGAUUCUCCUUUGGAGUCAGUUUAUUCUCAGUAAAAGUUUAAAAAGUCGAUGACGUCACGAAACAAGCGUUUUAUUUAUCGUAAUUAAAAAAUUCCUCUGGGUUCUUAAUUAAGUUAGCGCAAAACUCCUAUAGAAAUCUUCUACCCAAACUCACUGCUUCUUUUUUAUUCCUGAGAAAUUCAGAAUCCAUCGAUUUCCUUCUGGAGUCAUCGUUGUUCAACUGAAGACGGCUUCGGUUGAAAGUACGGUUCACGAAACGAAAUCUUUUGUGGAAAGUGCUGGAAAAGCGAGAGCGGCCGACUUGGCGGCGAGCCAAGGGAUCACCGUCAUACUUGCCAAAGAAAGGUACAGAAAAAAACACGAAUAAAUUGCAAUGUAGGAAAUGUUCAUGAUAAUAUAUUUUGUUUAAUUUGGCGCUUAAUGGUGUUGAUUUAUCUGAUUGUAAUAGUGCUUAAACAGUUGAAUUUUUGAAGACUUCCUCUAUUUGAAAAAUAUUUUUAGUAUUCCUUAUGUCUUUUUUUGGUUUCUAAUAGCACGCCUAUGAAGAAAAAAAUUUUUUUGAAUAAACAAAUAAGUUUGUGAUUCUUAUUUUUGGUCGGCUAGGCAACUACCGAUUUUUUUGUGAAUUUUAGCUGUCAUAUUAGCCUUUUUUUCAAGUAUUAAUGAAGAAAAUCUAAGCAUCUUCAAUAUAAAAUCGCGAUCUGAACGUGGGUUUAGGUGAUUCAAUUUUGUGCUCUAUCGACGUAUAAUUAAUUUUUUAAACAUAAUUCAUUUCCAGACUACUCGCCGCAGAAGAAAAAGCUCUGAUUUGUCGCGACGACUCGAUCGAAGGACUUCAGUUCUACGUGAAUCGUUUCCUCCAAACAUCGAAUUGA